GAUUGAUCGAACACACCUUGUUAACUGUCAUUUAGAGCAUCUUCAUACGUAUCCAACAUAUACGACUUACUUUUCGAUAUUACAAGCAAUACACUCGGGAUAGUACGAUUUGGAUAUAGCCUAUCCAUUUCAAGAAAAUUCUAAAUAUGUAAAGACGUUUUGAAUAACGUGUGUUUGAAAGUCGAAGUAUUUUUUUUCAAAUACAUGUUCUUGACAAGACGUUCUCAAUAAUAAUUUAUUGAUCGUAUUUCGUACAUAUGUACGUACCUCGCAUUAUUUCGGUUCUCGAACACCGGUUGGGACAUAACAUGAUUACGCGGUAUUACGAGCAACAAUACUCUCGCGCAUUUUGCUCGACGUGUACGAUACAAAAUUCAAGGGAUAUUAACGGUACGAUACUGCCAAACGUUCACUUGUUUGUUGUUCAAAAGGCAUAAAUAUGCCACGAUCGUUUCCAAUGCGAAAGCGUGAGACUAUCUGUCACUGGCGCCACUAGGUGACGCGCAGACCGGGAUCAAUUUUUUAUUUUGAGGUUAGGUCCGAGAACGUACUGUCAAAUAGUUUCGUGAACAAGCAUGAGUUUUUGUCUACGAUGCCAUUAUGUGCAAAAGUUAUAUUUACUCGGUGAACAUCGAAGAUGAACACAAAGGAGAAGGAGAAAUACAUCGAAGAAUUUGAUUUUCCUCAUUGUGACGAAUCGUCGAAAUAUGAAAAAGUGGCGAAAAUUGGCCAGGGCACCUUUGGCAACUCAGUAUAAUCGUUAUCGUUCUACAUUCUAUCUUGUAUUUGACUUUUGUGAACAUGAUUUGGCAGGUUUAUUGUCAAAUGUGAAUGUCAAAUUUAGUUUAGGAGAAAUUAAGAAAGUUAUGCAACAAUUGUUAAAUGGUCUUUAUUAUAUUCAUAGUAAUAAGAUUCUGCAUAGAGAUAUGAAGGCUGCAAAUGUUUUAAUAACCAAGAAUGGUAUAUUGAAGUUAGCUGACUUUGGUUUAGCUCGUGCAUUUAGUGCAAAUAAAAAUGGCCAACCAAAUCGUUAUACAAAUAGAGUUGUUACUCUUUGGUACAGACCACCUGAACUUCUACUUGGCGAUAGAAACUAUGGCCCCCCUGUUGAUUUAUGGGGUGCAGGAUGCAUAAUGGCUGAAAUGUGGACCAGAUCACCAAUAAUGCAAGGAAAUACAGAGCAACAACAGCUGAUAUUAAUUUCUCAAUUAUGUGGUUCUAUUACGACAGAAGUUUGGCCUGGAGUAGAAAAUUUAGAAUUAUUUAAUAAAAUGGAUUUACCCAAAGGUCAAAAGCGAAAGGUGAAAGACAGAUUGAAACCAUAUCUAAAGGAUCCUUACGCUUGCGAUUUGUUAGAUAAACUUUUAAUUCUUGAUCCAUCUAAAAGAUUUGAUUCUGAUUCUGCGUUGAAUCAUGACUUUUUCUGGACCGAUCCAAUGCCUUGUGAUCUUAGCAAAAUGUUGGCGCAACAUACACAGAGUAUGUUCGAGUACUUAGCCCCACCAAGACGUCCCGGUCACAUACGUCACCCUCAUCAUCAAGUACCUGGAGGGCCAGCAAAGCCUAGUUCUAGUAUGGCUGACAGUGGUUACCAAGAUCGUGUAUUCUAGGAUAUAUUUUGUUUAUAUAAAUGUAGACUGUCCUGUCAUACUUUCUCACCUCUUAAAAUUUUGAUAAGCCAUAUGAUAUUUAACUUUCAACUUUUUCGAUAAUAUUAAGGUUUUGCGUUAAAUUUAAAAGUUUUGUUAUGUACUCUUGGAAUAAGAUGUAAAAGUUUCUUAUACAUACAUAUAUAUAUAUAUAU